CCCCUCGGCUGGAAGGGAAGCAAAGCCGAAGUCAUCAUGGCUUCAGUGUCUACUCACGGAAACCAAGAUAAAGGCCCCCACCUGCCACCACCAAGCAAGCAGAGCUUUCUGUUUUGUCCAAAAUCGAAACUGCAUAUCCAUAGAGGAGAGAUUGCAAAGAUUAUCCGAGAAUGCCAAGAAGAAAGUUUCUGGAAGAGAGGUAACAGCACCCCUCUUCACAUUCAUGUGCCCUAUGUGAUCAUAAUUAUCCUUCAGUGUGAGAGUGGAGCAGAAAAUGGAAGCAGAGAGAUGGAGCAUGAGAACCACUCAAUUCAGCUUGCUGGCCUGAAGGUGAAGGAAGGGGCUAUGAGUCAAGGAAUAUGGGUGGCUUCUAGAAGCCGCAAAGGUUACUUAGCAGCUAAUCCAAGAUUUGGAUCAUUGCCUAAAGUUGCAAUUGCUGGCAUUUUAGGAUUUGGGCUGGGAAAGGCAUCGUACAUAGGAGUGUGUCAGAGCAAAUUCCAUUCCUUUGAAGAGCAGCUCCGGGGAGCUGGUUUUGGUCCUGGACAUAACAGGCACUGCCUUCUAACCUGUGAGGAGUGCAAAAUUCAGCGUGGAUUAAGGGAGGAGGGAGAUUCACAGCCUUCAGCUUCCUAAACUCUAUACCUACGGAUUUUGAAGUUUCUUACGCCUUUGAAUU